AUGGCCGAAAAAGCCUCACAAUACCGCCUCAAGGUCACGGCGGGACCUUCCUACGACCCAGCAACCCACCAAGAAGUCCCAGUAAACCAAGACAAAACACUCCAUAUUUCCAACGAGCAAGCUUCCACGAAUCUCGCUGUCCGGAUCCAGAACUACACUGGCUUCCCCGACGGCGCCCCCUCAUCAAACCCCUACUUCAAGCACCAGGACCACGCCAAAGACCAAUACUCCAUCUCAUUCGGCAUAAGCUUCAAGAGGCCCGUCAACGGCAACGACCUCGUCUUCGGGAAUGACUUCGACCGUCCAAUUCGCGACAGGCUACCGCCUGGCUUCAACGCCGCGCUUCGGCUCGUCCAGUGGACGAUUGACCCCACGCUUGAUGGCGAUGCGUAUGCCGAUAGACCAUACCUGUAUAGCCCUGCGCUGGCGACGUGGAAUAGACUGAGGGUUGGAGAUAAGGGUAAGCUGCCGGAUGUGCAUGGGGUUGUUGUUGAGGAGGGCGAGGAGGAGGGGGUCGAUGUUAGGGCUGGGAAGGGUGUACCUACGGAUGUGAGUGGGCGCCGGGGGUACUUCCAGAAUGAGGAAAGGCGGAAAGAAUGGGAGUUUGAGGAGGGGCGGGUUUAUUUUGCGGACUUUGGGAAUCAGUAUUUGGACUUUAAUGAGUUCACCCUCCGGCUCCCUGGCUUCAACAUCAAUGCGUUGCACUAUAUCGAUGAGAAGACGCAUUCGCUGCGGUAUGUACUGAAGAACCGCGCCUCCGGGGAGGUCUAUCUGGUGGUCCUGUUUACUUUGGUUCAUUCCAGUGACGGCCAUGGGGAUAAAUCUAAAGAGCUGAAGGAGAAUGGAGGUAGGUUUGACUGGGAGGAAGAACCGUCUGCUGGAGAUGUUGAGUAG